AUGUGCAGUGAGGAAGAAGAGUGCUUAGCAGCAACUGCUGCCCCCCCAGCAGUUCUUAACGGACUCCCUCCAGCAGUGCUUAGGAGCAACCGGCCCCCUCCAGCAGUGCUUAGCAGCAACCGACCCCCUCCAGCAGUGCUUAGGAGCAACCGGCCCCCUCCAGCAGUGCUUAGGAGCAACCGGCCCCCUCCAGCAGUGCUUAGCAGCAACCGACCCCCUCCAGCAGUGCUUAGCAGCAACCGACCCCCUCCAGCAGUGCUUAGCAGCAACCGACCCCCUCCAGCAGUGCUUAGGAGCAACCGACCCCCUCCAGCAGUGCUUAGGAGCAACCGACCCCCUCCAGCAGUGAUUAGGAGCAACCGACCCCCUCCAGCAGUGCUUAGGAGCAACCGACCCCCUCCAGCAGUGCUUAGGAGCAACCGACCCCCUCCAGCAGUGCUUAGGAGCAACCGACGCCCUCCAGCAGUGCUUAGGAGCAACCGACCCCCUCCAGCAGUGCUUAGCAGCAACCGACCCCCUCCAGCAGUGCUUAGGAGCAACCGACCCCCUCCAGCAGUGCUUAGGAGCAACCGACCCCCUCCAGCAGUGCUUAGGAGCAACCGACCCCCUCCAGCAGUGCUUAGGAGCAACCGACCCCCUCCAGCAGUGCUUAGGAGCAACCGACCCCCUCCAGCAGUGCUUAGGAGCAACCGACCCCCUCCAGCAGUGCUUAGGAGUAACCUACCCCCUCCAGCAGUGCUUAGCAGCAACCUACCCCCUCCAGCAGUGCUUAGGAGCAACCUACCCCCUCCAGCAGUGCUUAGCAGCAACCGACCCCCUCCAGCAGUGCUUAGGAGGAACCUACCCCCUCCAGCAGUGCUUAGGAGCAACCGACCCCCUCCAGCAGUGCUUAGGAGCAACCGACCCUCUCCAGCAGUGCUUAGCAGCAACCUACCCCCUCCAGCAGUGCUUAGGAGCAACCUACCCCCUCCAGCAGUGCUUAGGAGCAACCUACCCCCUCCAGCAGUGCUUAGGAGCAACCGACCCCCUCCAGCAGUGCUUAGGAGCAACCGACCCCCUCCAGCAGUGCUUAGCAGCAACCGACCCCCUCCAGCAGUGCUUAGGAGCAACCGGCCCCCUCCAGCAGUGCUUAGCAGCAACCGACCCCCUCCAGCAGUGCUUAGCAGCAACCGACCCCCUCCAGCAGUGCUUAGCAGCAACCGACCCCCUCCAGCAGUGCUUAGGAGCAACCGACCCCCUCCAGCAGUGCUUAGGAGCAACCGACCCCCUCCAGCAGUGAUUAGGAGCAACCGACCCCCUCCAGCAGUGCUUAGGAGCAACCGACCCCCUCCAGCAGUGCUUAGGAGCAACCGACCCCCUCCAGCAGUGCUUAGGAGCAACCGACGCCCUCCAGCAGUGCUUAGGAGCAACCGACCCCCUCCAGCAGUGCUUAGCAGCAACCGACCCCCUCCAGCAGUGCUUAGGAGCAACCGACCCCCUCCAGCAGUGCUUAGGAGCAACCUACCCCCUCCAGCAGUGCUUAGGAGCAACCGACCCCCUCCAGCAGUGCUUAGGAGCAACCGACCCCCUCCAGCAGUGCUUAGGAGCAACCGACCCCCUCCAGCAGUGCUUAGGAGCAACCGACCCCCUCCAGCAGUGCUUAGGAGUAACCUACCCCCUCCAGCAGUGCUUAGCAGCAACCUACCCCCUCCAGCAGUGCUUAGGAGCAACCUACCCCCUCCAGCAGUGCUUAGCAGCAACCGACCCCCUCCAGCAGUGCUUAGGAGGAACCUACCCCCUCCAGCAGUGCUUAGGAGCAACCGACCCCCUCCAGCAGUGCUUAGGAGCAACCGACCCCCUCCAGCAGUGCUUAGCAGCAACCUACCCCCUCCAGCAGUGCUUAGGAGCAACCUACCCCCUCCAGCAGUGCUUAGGAGCAACCUACCCCCUCCAGCAGUGCUUAGGAGCAACCGACCCCCUCCAGCAGUGCUUAGGAGCAACCGACCCCCUCCAGCAGUGCUUAGCAGCAACCGACCCCCUCCAGCAGUGCUUAGCAGCAACCGACCCCCUCCAGCAGUGCUUAGGAGCAACCGACCCCCUCCAGCAGUGCUUAGGAGCAACCUACCCCCUCCAGCAGUGCUUAGCAGCAACCGACCCCCUCCAGCAGUGCUUAGGAGGAACCUACCCCUUCCAGCAGUGCUUAGGAGCAACCGACCCCCUCCAGCAGUGCUUAGGAGCAACCGACCCCCUCCAGCAGUGCUUAGCAGCAACCGACCCCCUCCAGCAGUGCUUAGGAGCAACCGACCCCCUCCAGCAGUGCUUAGGAGCAACCGACCCCCUCCAGCAGUGCUUAGGAGCAACCGACCCCCUCCAGCAGUGCUUAGGGGCAACCGACCCCCUCCAGCAGUGCUUAGGAGCAACCUACCCCCUCCAGCAGUGCUUAGCAGCAACCUACCCCCUCCAGCAGUGCUUAGGAGCAACCUACCCCCUCCAGCAGUGCUUAGGAGCAACCUACCCCCUCCAGCAGUGCUUAGGAGCAACCUACCCCCUCCAGCAGUGCUUAGGAGCAACCGACCCCCUCCAGCAGUGCUUAGGAGCAACCGACCCCCUCCAGCAGUGCUUAGGAGCAACCUACCCCCUCCAGCAGUGCUUAGCAGCAACCUACCCCCUCCAGCAGUGCUUAGGAGCAACCUACCCCCUCCAGCAGUGCUUAGGAGCAACCUACCCCCUCCAGCAGUGCUUAGGAGCAACCUACCCCCUCCAGCAGUGCUUAGGAGCAACCGACCCCCUCCAGCAGUGCUUAGGAGCAACCGACCCCCUCCAGCAGUGCUUAGGAGCAACCCAUUACCCGUGCUAAUCAAUACCAGCAGUAAUAGUGACAGUGGUGCCUUGCACAAGCUCUGUGGUGCGGGGGGGCACAUUCUUUCCUAUCCCUACAUAUAA